AUUGACACGAGAGACCCGCCCUGUGUUUACACUGGGAUUGACUUUGAUGAACAGUCAUCACCACUCCCCUCUUUUUUCUUUCAUUGUGAUUUUUUUCCUGUGAUUUUUUUCCUGUGAUUUUUCUCGUUCAUACUGUUUACCAGUUAACUUAGGGUGAAGGAUCUUGCUAGAAAGAGAUGGGUUGCUGAUCAUGGGCAUAAAAGAUUUGAAGGCUCCUGUCUGUUUACUUUUUUUUUGGCACUGCAUGGUGCAAGAGUGAGGAAGGUCAUCACCUGUAGUACACAUUUUGGACAUAGUGGUGUGGCUUCUUUUUUCUUCUUUUGUUGACUCUCUCUCUUGAUUGUGGGUGCCUUUGAAUCUGAUCUCCUUUUCUCCCCACUACUCACCUUUUCCCUAUCUGCAUCUUCUCUCUAUUCCCAAUGCUAAUUUUCUACAUUUUCUCUCUCUGUUCCCAAUGCCAUGGUGGUGGGUAAUGUUCAUGAGUCUCUGUCAUGUUUCUGAAACAUACCCUCAUGGUCUGCUCUCCCCAUUGUUUGCCAAACUUAGCACUCUUGUCAGACUGCAUCUCACUGUGGUAUUCCUGCUGCUUGAACUUGGAACUUAAACUUUUUCUUUGAUUAUUAUAUUGCUUCACUUUGUUUUGUAUUGAUACUUUUUUGGGUCCUUUGAUCCAGGGGUGGAGAGCCACUGAAACCUUGUCUUUUGGGACUUAGAAAAAAGGUUGGAUUUUGGAUGACUUUUUUGGGGUUUUAUGAGAGAAGAAAUCGCAUCAUUCUUUGGCUCUAUCAAAUGGGUUUCUGUAGUUUUAUUAGGGUUUAAUUUCUGAGAUGAUUCCUUUGAUGUUGGAAAAGUACCCAUAUCAGCUUUGGUGCUCAUGUGCGUAUGCCUAUUAUUAGUGGCUUCCAUGGAGGACUGUUCUUCUGAGAAGCUGCCAAUUUUACUAUAAAUGCGUAAUUUUUUGUGUGUUCAUCUAGAUCCCCUAGCCUUUUUGUGUGUCAAAAUUGUAGUUGGGUGUCUCUGAUCUUAUUUUAGCUUGUAGUUUUUUUUCUUUCGUUUUUUUUUUUCCUUUUUUGGGAGGUGGGUUAGCCAUGGAUUCUCAUGGCUGCUUCUCUAUGGAUCACUCACCUUCUUAUAGAGCCUCUGAUGACGAGUUCCAAUUGGAGUCUAGAUGGCUCCUUGAUCCCAAACUACUCUUUGUCGGCCCACGAAUUGGAGAGGGUGCUCAUGCCAAAGUAUAUGAGGGAAAAUACCGGAAUCAGAAUGUUGCGAUUAAAAUCGUUCAGAAAGGAGACACCCCUGAGGAAAUUGCGAAGCGAGAGGGGCGUUUCAAUCGAGAGGUUGCUAUGCUCUCUAGAGUUCAACACAAGAACUUAGUAAAGUUCAUUGGGGCUUGUAAGGAACCUGUUAUGGUGGUGGUCACUGAGCUUUUAUUGGGUGGAUCACUACGAAAAUACAUGCUGAAUUUGCGUCCAAAACCCUUGGACAUGCGUUUUGCGAUUGGAUUUGCCUUGGACAUUGCUGAAGCAAUGGAUUGCUUGCACUCCCAUGGGAUCAUUCACCGUGACCUUAAACCAGAGAACUUACUACUGACUGCCGACCAGAAAACAGUGAAACUGGUAGAUUUUGGUCUAGCAAGGGAAGAGACAUUGACAGAAAUGAUGACAGCUGAAACUGGAACUUAUCGAUGGAUGGCCCCUGAGCUCUAUAGUACUGUAACAUUAAGACAUGGAGAGAAAAAGCAUUACAAUCACAAAGUAGAUGCUUACAGCUUUGCAAUCGUGUUAUGGGAAUUGUUACACAAUCGGAUGCCUUUUGAGGGCAUGUCAAACCUUCAGGCAGCUUAUGCAGCAGCUUUUAAGAAUGUGAGGCCUAGUGCUGACGAUCUCCCUGAAGAAUUGGCACGCAUAUUGACUUCGUGUUGGCAAGAGGACCCUAACUCCAGACCCAAUUUCAGCCAAAUAGGGCAGAUGCUCAGGAAUUAUCUCUACACUAUUUCUCCACCAGUGACAUCGGUCCCUUCUCAUGUUUUUACUUCUGAAAACAGAGUCUUGCCACCUGAAUCUCCCGGCACGAGCUCCUUGAUGGCCACUCGUGAUGAUAUGGGAGAGACCCCAAAAGGCAACCUCACGAAUAAACCAAAAGGUCUCUUCUCUUGCUUCAACCAAUGCUACUGACCUUUUUAUCUUUAUUUUUAUUUUUUUUGUAAGAGAAGGCACCCUGGUCAUUUAGGCAAAUCACCCAAUGUAUGUUUAACCAUGGAGUUGUCCUCCCUAUGUCCUGAUAAUGUGCAGUGACCGGCGCCUUAAUGGGCACAUUUAGUUUAACUUAUACAAGGAAUGUACCUUUAACCAUGAAGUUUUUUGUUACAUCUUCAUAAAUAUCAGAUAUUGGACACUGACCCAUUUGCAAUUUC